AUGUACAAGAUACGAACUCCACUUGCUGUUCUUGUGGCUUUCUUAACAUUUGCAACUGCUUUGCAAAGGAUCAAGUUAUACAAUAUGGUAUCACUCCGUCAAAAGUUAUUGGAAGCCGGUAUUACGCAAAACAUGUUGGAAGCUAAAUAUACAAGAGCUCACGGUAAAAAUGGAGUCGAAUUACUGAAGAACUACAAGGAUGCUUAUUACUACGGUAAAAUAUCGGUUGGCACACCACCGCAAGAGUUUACAGUUUUGUUUAGUACAGGCUCAUCAGAAAUGUGGAUACCUUCAAUACUGUGUGGAGCAGAAUGUAAGGCUCAUAAUAAAUACCAUCACUCCAAGUCGAUAACCUAUAUUCCUGAUGGUGGUAAAUGCUUCUUGCAAUAUGGCUUAGGCUCUGUUGAUGGUUUUAUGAGUGAAGAUGUUGUCAAUAUUGCUGGUAUCGAAAUAAAGAACCAAUCAUUUAUAGAAGUGACCGAGGAGCUAAGUUUUUUCUUGACUUCAGCCAGUUUUGAUGGCAUGGUUGGAUUGAGACAUAAACCACAUUCAAAUUGUGAUGCCAAUUCUGUCCUAAAUAAUAUGCUAGCACAAGAUCUCAUAAAAAAAAAGGUGUUUUCUUUUUAUUUCAGCAGAGAUGAAGAAGGUACUGCUGGAGGCGAAAUCAUCUUUGGUGGUUCUGACUCAAGAUACUACGAAGGCAAAUUUCAUUAUACCAAUGUAAUUCAUAAAGGAAGUUGGAUUAUUAAAGUUGAUAGCGGUACAGUAAAUCGAGGCGUUAAGUUUUGCACUCACGGCUGCACGGCUAUUAUCGAAACCGGUACUUCCCUGAUAUUUGGUCCUUCGAAAGAUAUUCAACGAAUCCAGCACGCAAUUGGAGCUCAGAAAAUUGGUGGACAAAAUUUCAUAGACUGUACGAGAAUCAAAUCGUUACCUAAAAUCACCUUUACAAUUGAUAAAAUCAGAUAUACUCUCGAUCCUGAACAUUACGUUCAUCAGUAUACCCUAAAAGGCAAUAAACAUUGCAUCAGUGGCUUUUUAGAACUUGAAGAAGAAGAAGAUACGUGGAUUUUCGGUGACGUUUUUCUUCGCUCCUAUUACACUGAAUUUGAUGUGGGAAAAGAUAGGAUUGGUUUCGCUAAGUUAAAGAAGAAAUACAGCAGUUCUAGAUAUUUGAAUUUAUUACAGUCGUAG